UUUUCCGCACCGCCGCAGCCACUGAUUUCUGUGCUCCCGUCGGUUACCCUCGCGUCCUCGACUUGGCUCAUCCCUCUCGCUGUGCCACCACCACCACCACCACCACCAACAACAACAACAACAACAACAAGGAGGAUGAGGCUGCCGUUCGGCGCGCUGGCCCUGAUGCUGGCCAUGGGCUACAUUGCCGUGGACUUGAACUUUGACGCACUGGCAAACACGGAGCCCGCCAAGAGCAUGACAUACUACCACGUGCAGCACCACACCCCACCGCCGGCGUCCCUGAUCAUCCCCGCGGCGAUUCUCGUCGCCCUCCUCGACACCCUGUACAGCCUGCUUGUGGUCCGCGACGCGCGCGAGCUGCUCUUCCUCGUGCUCGGCUCGUACGUCCUCUAUCUCUUCAUCGGCAUUGUGAAGCCCUCCAUGGAGACCAUGUCUGGCGCCAGCCUGGACGACGUGGACGAGUACAUCCCACAGCUGGAGGCCAUCCGCGACGCCCACCUCUACAUGUGCCCCACCGUUGCUGCCAUGCUCCUCUGCACCGUCUACACCCACAUGAUCUCCCCUCCUUCCUCCUCUUCCUCUUCUUCUGCCAGUUCGAAGCACAAGAAGAAGCACAAGUAA